AUGGCACCCACUCCAGACACUCCCAAGAAGCCGCAGUCACAGCCGGUCAUAGCCGGUCACAGCCAGGCCUCGCUGUCCCACCAGAGCCGAGCCCCACCACGGACACUCACACCGCGAAAUCGCAAUUUUCCGCUGAGAUCCCCAGUCACCCCCUCCCUCCCUGGGUGUCCACUCCCCAAAAGCCUCAGUGGACUCUGUCUCCUCAGGCUGGAACACGAUCUGCGAAUGAUCUCCUCUCGCCAUCUGGAGAAAACCACCGCGGCCACUGAGCAGUACCAAGAGGAAUCUGCCUCGGUUUUUGAUGAGGCGUCGUGA